UGGAUCCCUUGCCUAUGAUGUGGUCUGUCCCAGGCCCGAGAACUGUCACGCCUGGAUGUCUGUCUGGACAGAGCUGGGAGCACCACCACAGCAGCAGGUCAGGACAAACUAGAGCUGGAGCUUGUGCUGAAGGGGUCAUAUGAGGACACACAGACAUUUGCCCUGGACACAGCCUCUGCCUUCAGCUUCCACUACAUGAGGGGCCAAGAUACAGCACUGAAUGGGUGCCUGAGGAGCUCUGGAAACAAUGGCUGGACCUCCCACACCUCAGCUGUACCCCUCAAUGUACCCCUGAAGUCCUUGACCACAGGGAAAGAGGUGACUGUAGACGUUCCUGCUACUAAUGGCCCAGAAGUGAAGCUUCAGCUUAAGACAGACUACUGCCCUAAGGAGCUGGCCGUGCGGCUGGGCUAUGGACUCUGUCCCGAGGAGCAGGCCUUCCUGGGCAGGAGGAAGCAGGUGGUGGCUGCCGCCCUGAAGCAGGCCCUGCAGCUGGACCAAGACUUGAAGGAAGAUGAGGUCCCUGUUGUGGGCAUCAUGGCUGAAGGAGGAGGUGUCCGGGCUAUGAUCUCACUCUAUGGCCACCUAUUGGCGCUUCAGAAGUUGGGCCUCCUGGACUGUGUGACCUAUUUCAGUGGCGUCUCAGGCUCUACGUG